AUGGCCGGAGCGGCCGGACUCGAGGGGCCGGUGGUGCUACAGCCUCCUUCAUCCCUCACCGGGGCCGCCGGAUUCGGCUGUGAUGCCGGACCCGUCAGCCGCGCCCCAGGCUCCGCCUCCAGGCUCCGCGCCCUCCCAUUCGGCGGCGUCGAGCGAGACCAAAUCUCCCCCUUGCCACGAGCUCCCCCUAACCGAGCUCUGAUGUGGCAGAAAGCCAUGCCGUGUCUUGGACCUUGCUCCGGUGUCGCGGGCAUCCACGCGGCUCUUCACCGUGACAACGGCCACAACCCCAGCAGUUGGUCUGCCGUGUGGGGCUCAACGAGCCCUCGCUUUCUCUAUCAAGAAGAGGUCGAUGGCAACGAGCUAGAGGCAUCACCUCAGCAAAAGAAGGAGGAGGCCAGAUUAUCGACAGCAAUGGCCGCAUCGACCACGGGAUCGGUGGCGACAGCAGCGGCACGUCCCCGCACCGAUGCUGCGGGGCACCUUGCACGCCUGCUCAAUACUGAUCCUGGAUGAAAGGAAGCCUCUGGAAGGGACCGGUCGGCGAGGCCCAGGCCCAGCAACAUGUGACGCGGCGCGGCAUGGCGCCCUUCCCGAGCCCCUUUUCCUCCCCCGGGACAUUGAUCACCAGAGCCUUCACGUCGGUGAACUGCUCGAAGCAGCAGCUAUAGACGUAUCCAAUAACGGCAGGAACCCCCAUCAGUUUUAAUCUCUCUAUCCUUACAUGUGUCUUUACUUAGUUCCCUAUUGAUCCUCAAUUCUUUAUCUCGAUUUUAUAGAACUUCAUCGAUGUACAUUGUGCGACAUUUUCUUAUUCAAUCUAGACAAUGAUUUUAGUAUAUGUAUGCUAUUUGUUUGACCAAAUGCCUACUAACAGUAUUGUGGGCAAGGAAGGCAGAACAACAAGCAUUUGAUAAGUCAGUUGUAUGUUGUAAGGUUGCUCUCACAUAUAUGCAGUCUUUCCGUCA